CUCACUCUAGACCACAUCUGACUGACUCUCCUCAGUGAAGCACAGCCUCUCUCUCCUGAAAGAAUGGCUCCUACUUACCUUCCUGCUUCUGACUACUCCAAGCUUUCCAACAAGGAAAAACAUAAACUAAGGAAACCAGUUGUGGAGAAAAUGCGUCGGGAUCGCAUCAACAACUGCAUUGAGCAGCUCAAGGUGAUGCUGGAGAAGGAAUUCCACCAGCAAGACCCCAACACCAAGCUGGAGAAAGCUGACAUUCUGGAGAUGACUGUGGUCUUCCUGAAGCAGCAGCUGCAGCCUCAGAUCUCAGCACCUCUGAAAGCCCACCAUGACGGCUACUCUCAGUGCUGGAGUGAGACCAUGAACUUCCUUUCAGCCAACUCCAAGCUGGACGUGGCGCUUCAGCAUCUCAACCGCGGCCAAGAAGCCCAGAGAGCGACGAAAGAGCUCCACGUGUCUCCGGUUGCCUUCCAGCCCAGCCAGGUUUCAGUCAAGCAAGAAACCAGCACCAAUAGAGCUGUGUGGAGGCCUUGGUAGAGACCCUGAACCCAGAGACUUUCUCAUGUUUACCAGAUGGUAGUUGUACCAUCUCUUAUGAUGUAGGAAAUGUAUUAUUUCCAAAGACUUUCGAUACGGAAUGUGAAAGAACUACGCUUCUAUUUGUGAAGCUCCUAAAGGGCAGAUUCUUCAUAUUGAAGAAGAAUUAGAAGAUAAAAGUUUACAUUAGCUCAAACAUUGCUUGCUUUGUCAAGUAAGGUUUGCUUUAUAGAACCUCGGUUCUGAUUCUGCUUAGAAUCUAAGCAUUUUGAUGUGCUGGAAUAUGUUAAUGAAAUCAUUGAUUUUGGCAUUUGAGACAUGUUCUCAUCUUGAUAUGUUUGUGGAACAAAAUGAAUAGUGGACACUGUGUGUCUCUCAUUGUUGAUUAAUAAAAAUCACUGAUUGUGAAAAUGAA